AUGGGUAAUUCGAGCUUGAGAAGGAGAAGGAGGUUGAGUGUUUUAACACCAAAAGAUGAUCUAAACGGGAGCAUGGCUCAACAUCAAAAAACGGCUGCUUCCCACCUCCCGGUUCUAUACAACCCGCUCCUCAACUGCAUAUUCAAUAAUCCCAAUCACAACAAGUCGCCGUUCAAAAAUGUCGUUGAGGAAUUGCGUCUGAAACACAACCAGUAUACGAUUAUAGUGCCGCCGGCCCAUGUCUUGAAUGAGUUUCACGAUCCAGCAACCGAUGGCUCUAGCAACAAGGUUGUCUUGAAAAGCCUUUGCUACACCAGCGAGGACUUUAUCAAGUCGCACGUCAUCAAGACGGGCUCGCCCGUGUCUUCGACAAUCACGCCGAUUUCGAAGGAGCAGCUGGUGAUUUACAACACUUUGAACAAUAAGCAAGUGCUCAUCAAGAAUAGAAUGAUAUACACGGGAAAGGGAUUCAAGCGCAGUCUAAAGCUUCGAAUAGCUUCGAUUCUGUACUUUAAGUCGUUUUGCGAAUACUUUCCUCGAGGCAGCCAGUUCAUGAUUAUAUUUAUCGAGAGUUCGCUCAUUGGAGGCUCGCCACCGUUGAUGCAGCCACAGCUUCCACCAGUUGUUGCGUCCAAUGGCUCUGCUACAACACUUUCGCUGGCCAGCACCGAUGUCGAGUCAAUCACUUUCGAGAAGCUAUUGCGGAGUUUUCCAUUGCUUUCCAAAGCCGUCAGUGAAAAGUUUUACCGACUAUUUCACCACAAUAACAACCAAUUCUAUACUAUUCGCAUGCAGUCGAGGAAAAAACUACGCCACAUAAAGGUUGAGUUUGACAAAAUUUUGGAGGAAGCAUUCAAGAUUAUCCUGGAUAGCGUAAAAACGGAAAACCCCAAUAGUGAACAAACGUACAAUUUACUUAACCACAUUAUUAGCAUAUACCCGGGGAUAGACCUCGACCGGCUAGUACACGAAUACGUGGAGCUUAAUCUAUACGACGUUUUCUGGUCACAAUUGAUAUACCAAUACAACUGGUCGAAUGAAGACAAGGAGAGUUAUGAUCCGGAAGCCGUGAAAAAUUUGACCGCUGCCGAGUACGAGAAAAUGUCGUGCUUGUCCUUGAACCAACUAGACAUUCCCACGAACAAGCCAUGGCAGAUUAAUGAACUACACGAGCGAAUAAACCUUGCAGUGCAGGAGUUUAAAAAACUCGGCGGAUCCUCAUCCUUGAAUCUGACUGCAAAGACAAACAUUGUGUUAAAGACUGUGGAUAUAUUGACUGCUCCUAGCUAUAAAAGUAAUUUAAUGGUGGAUGCGGAUACUUUGAUGGCAUUGUUGAUCAUGACAGUUGUGCAUGCAAAAGUGGACAACCUUGAAGCGCACAUGUACUACAUGAAAAAUUUCAACGCGGCCGACACCUCCAAUGAUGGACAGUUUCACUACAUAAUGAGCAACUUGGAUGCUGUCAUUUGCCACUUGUCAGAUAAGGACACGGGUUUUGCCCAAUUGGUGGAAAGCUCUCAACAAAACUACGAGCUAUGGAGCGCUAUAUUUGAUAAAGAUCUCGAGAAAGUGAAAAGCAUUGUGGAGGCGGUCCAAAGCGAGUACAUGGGGAAAGAAAUCCCCGCAAAUCAUUUUUUGCGAAGCCGCAACAUCACCGGUGAAGGUAUCUUGAGCUUUGCUAUCAAAGUUAAAGAUUUCGAUAUUUAUGACUUGCUCAUGAACUCGGACCCGAAUUGGCUCUCCAUUGAAGACAUCUUGUUCGACAUGAACGUCAUGACUAGCCAAAACUUGUUGAUGUGCGCUCUACUCGAAGAGACCUCCGACGAGAUUAUAGACGACCUCAUCACCACCAUCAUUGAAUGCGCCAGCGUGCAAGAAAAAGUGGCAUAUUACAACAUGCAAGACAAGAAUGGGCGAUGCGCUGGCCACUACUUGUUCCACAAGUAUGAGCUUAUCCCCAGGAUAGGCCACUUGGUCAACUGGGAAAUGAAGGACCACAAUUCGCACACUCCGUUGUUUAGUCUUUGCCGCUGCUACGAUCAUGCAGAUUAUAUGGGCCUCGUGACCACCGCGUUUGACGUGGUGUACAAAAAAUACGACAAGGGCAUCGACUUUGACAAGCACGUGGAUAAAGCAGGCAACACUCUUUUACACAUCCUCUUAAAAGGUAUACCAGAGACUAAAAUCUUGUCAAAUCCGAAAAAUCUAAUCAACGUCAAUCAGUUCAAUCUGAGGAACCUUACGCCGUUGAUGCAAUAUGUCAAAUACGGCCGUUUUGCCAACCUCCAAAAUAUACUACAGCAGGACAAACUUGAGUUUAUGUUGGAGGAUGACAAGAAUUUCUACAAUGUGUUUGACUAUCUCAGUUUCCUGGCUACUAAAUCUGCAAGCACCGAAAAAUUCAAAAGGAUGUACGAUGCUCUAGUGGCGCAUUACUUUGACACGUAUUUCCCGCAGGACUCUGAGCAGAAACUUGCAGCCUUGAAUGGGAAAUACCAUGCAAACGCAAGAGACUGGUUGAUUUACCAAAGAGACGGACAUGGCCGUUUCAAGGCCAAAUCACUUAGUGCAUUUAAACAGCUCAUGUACUUGGAGAAACUCAAGCAGCCACUUACAACUUUCCCAGAUAGCGAUAUCUUCUGGCGAAACUAUGCACUAAAUUUCUCCACGACCCCCAUCUUUCACAAGGCAAGAGUGAAUAAUUUUAUCAAGAGACUCAAUAUCAUGUACCAAAGCAUGGUGUAUCAAGAAAACAUUGACACCAACAAGUUUUUUGAGGCGUUUGUCAACGACGUCGAGGAGAUUCUGGUUUUGGAUCUGAAAAAGAGUAUUUUGGCAACCUACGAGCAAGAGAAGGCGGGGCUUGGCGAGAUCAAGCUUAAAGUGGGCCACAUCCAGGAGAUUGAGUUUUUUCUCAAUUUUUCAACUGAUGAGGUGAAGAAAUCAGCGCACUUGAUCAACAAAAUCACCAAGUUGGUGUUGGUUGGUGAACAAAAACAGCUUGACUUGAAAAACGUGGAGGAUUUGGCGCUCAAUGGCGUGAAUGAACAAGCGUUUUUCAAGAAAAGUUUUGACAUUGCCGAGUUUGCUCCUCAAAGAGCAAGCCUUGAUACUUUGGGUGGUUAUAUGUCUUGGAUUGCCCAAGUUGAAAACGAGUUACUAAAGAACAUUUAUAAAAUCUCAACGGACGUUGCGCACUGGAAAGACUUGUAUCAUAACAUAUGCAAGAUUAACCUGGAGUUGAAGUCAAUGGAGCCGCCAGUUGCUGAGGCUAGCACUGAUGGUAGUGCGAAUGGCGCCCCUCUUGUUCCACCUUACCCGCAACCCACCCUGCCCAAUGAAAAUGCCCUCACCAAAGUUGCAACAAACGGUUCUGCUUAUUCUGCCUCGGACAAUGACAAUAUCCCAGAUAUCAAGGAUGAGGGCGAAGGUUUAUUCGGUUUCGGCACAGGUAAGAAAUCAAAGUACAAAAAGUUGGUAGUUUCCAAAGCUGAUUUGGUUAAAAAAAUCAUGAACUUGAAUGCGGAGUUGAAGUUGCUGCAUGAGAUUAUCGCAACUGAAAUUUCCAAAUUCAUGAAAUUCAGAGGCCAAUUUUUGGUAUUUGCAUUAAAACAGUUUGUUAAGGAGGACUUGCGGAGUAUGCGAAACCGCCAGUUGGAGCUUGAAAAGGCAUUGUAUAGGAUCAAGAAUCACUAA